UUGCAAGCAAAUCCUAAAUUCAGUGAUAGUGAAAAAUAUUCCAAAAUAAUAAAUUUUGUGGCAAAGCAAGUCCAUGAGGAAGCCAAUCACCAGAAAGCAGCUAAUGCAAAAAAACCAGAUGAAAUUGAAUAUUUCAUUACCAUUCCAAGUUAUUGGAAAGGUGCUGAUUUAGAAGAAAAACUUGAAACAUCCUUGAAUAGUUCAGAGAUAAAAAAUUGGACGAUAGUUACCAAAGCCGAGGUGGUUUCUCCAUUCUUACAUGAAGUGAAGGCGGAUGUUUUAUGUCUGAACUUCAAUGUUGACCAUUUAUCAUUUCAAGAGAAAACAAAGUAUGCUGUUCUGGAUAUAGGAUCCACUGCAUGUGAAUUGACUGUUCUUGUUUCACGAAAAGAAGAGCCAGACCGUGUGGUUGGAAAUCAAUAUCGAAAGGAAUGGAAAGAAGAAGGGGUCGACCAGGAAUUCCGUGAUAUGAUGAACAUAAUUAUUGGGCACCAUGAAAUGGGAAAUUUUCAGAAACAACACAAUGCAGAAUUUCAAGAUUUAUUUCUCUCAUUUGAACGUGCAAAGACACACAAGUCCACAUUCAGUAAUAAAGAUGUGGAAUUACAUAUACCCUCGGGAUUGAAGACAUUGAUAAAAAAGGAGUUUCCUCUGAAAGAUUCAAUAGAAAGAUACCUUAAAGGUAAAGGAACUUCUACUGAUUCCAUCACUUGUGUGAAUAAGGAUGACGAAUUUUAUCUACGUCUGAAAGUUAAAGUAAUGGAAUUAUUGUUUAAACCAAUGUUGGAUAUCACUGAAAAAACAAUCGAUACUAAAUUCAAAGAUGACAUGGGCAGUGAAAUUAAAUGCGUGUGUGUAAUUGGUGGAUAUGCGAAUUCUCCUUUAGUGCAGAAAACGGUGCGAAAAAAGUUUAAAUUGCGAACUGUUGUAAUACCAAAAAAUGCCGACCUAGUUGUGGCCAAAGGUGCGGUGUACUAUGGAUAUAAGUAUCAUGGCAAAGAAAUGUAAUUAUUUCUAUAAUUCAUUAAGGCAGCCUUUAUACUAGUAGUCAUCACUUCAU